AUCUCCAAGACUCCAAUGGCUCUCCUCCCCCAAAUCCUCCCCUCCCCGCGCCCCAGCCCCAGCCCCCACCUCGCCGCCUCCCGCCACGCCUUCUCCCCGGCCCACGCAUUCCGUCGAACACCUCGCCUCCACGCCCCCUCCCACCGCCGCCGGGCCCGCCUCGCCACGCCGCCCAGCGCGUCCGGGCCCGGCUCCCCCCCGUCCUCGCCCGACGACGGCCUCGUCGAGCUGCCCCUCUUCCCGCUCCCGCUCGUGCUCUUCCCGGACGCGACCCACGCGCUGCACAUCUUCGAGUUCCGCUACCGCAUCAUGCUGCGCACCGUGCUCGACACCGACCUCCGCUUCGGGGUCGUCUUCGCGGGCGCCGACGUCGGCGGCGCCGCCGACGUCGGCUGCGUCGGCGAGGUCGUCAAGCACGAGCGCCUCGCCGACGACCGCUUCUUCCUCAUCUGCAAGGGCCAGGAGCGCUUCCGCGUCCACCGCGUCCUGCGCACCAAGCCCUACCUCGUCGCCGCCGUGCGCUGGCUCGAGGACCGCCCGCCCGCCGACGCGCCCGCGCCCGGGGACGACGCCGAGGCGCUCGCCGUCCAGGUCGAGGCGCUCAUGCGCGACGUCAUACGCAUCGCAAACCGCCUCAACGGAAAGCCGGACAAGGAGGUCGGGGACCUGCGACGGGGGCUCUUCCCCACGCCCUUCUCAUUCUACGUCGGCAACACCUUCGAGGGCGCGCCCAGGGAGCAGCAGGCGCUGCUCGAGCUCGAGGACACCGCCACCAGGCUGCGACGGGAGCGGGACACGCUACGCAACACCCUCAACUACCUCACCGCUGCCUCCGCCGUCAAGGACGUCUUCCCCUCCUCGCCCUCCUCGGGGUGAAGCAUUCCUUCCACCUCUCGCCUCUGUUCGCCUUUUGCUUUUAGUAGUGCUUCAUAAUUCCACAGGUAGGUUUUACUUCAAUGUGGUUAGCAUUUUAGCAUGUAAAAUUGUACUACUAUAAUUCGGGUGUAUUAACUCAAGGAAUGCCGGAGCUAUGAAGAUUCUCCAUGUGGUCAUUAUAAGAAUUUUGCUACUAUAUGAAAGCAAUGCAUCCAAUGUGAAA